AUGGGCAAAUCUAGCGGGCCACGGCCGUCUGGGAUGGACUAUAAGCCUGGGAACAAGCUGAAGAGACAGGAGCUUCAUAUCAAGCGCAAACAGACCAAGGACAAAGAGACACGGGCAUUGCGGUUUGCCAGAAGGAAAGAAGAGGCGAAGAACCCUCAGCUCAAGGCCGAGCGGUUGAAGAAGAAUGUGCCCCUGACGCUGGAAAGGAAGCGAGUGUGGGAUGACGCCGGUAGCGACGUUGAAGACGGGCUAGGCUUGAGUUUCGACGUGGAGAGGAUAAAGCGACGGAGGCAGGAGACAGAGCAGGAACAGAGGGAUAAGGACGAUUUGAUACCCGAUGAUAAAGAAGACGGUGAAGAUGGAGACGCAGACGAAGGUGGUAAUGGCUCGGAUGACGUCGACAGCAUGAUCGAUUUUGACAGCGACGAGGGAGACGAGCAGGAGAAAGACAAAAAGCCAGCCGAGAAGGACAGAAGGAAGAGCAAGCUGCCCUCUGCCACUGAGCGAGCAACGAGUCCUACACAGUCGACUCGAAGCACGAAUAUCGACCUCGCGCCUGAUGCGCUUGCAGCCAAAUUCCCCAGUCUCUUCCCAACCGAAGCCCCCCCGCCGCCGAAAAUACUGAUUACCACCUCUCUUAACUCUACGCUGCACAAGGAAGCCAAGGUCCUGACCGAGUUCUUCCCUAACAGUGUCUAUAUCCGCCGCUCGGCGCAUAGAUAUGGCCAUAAAUUCUCGGUGCGCGAGAUAUCGUCGUUUGCCGCGAAUAGAAAUUAUACUGCUGUCGUGGUGCUGGAGGAGGACCUGAAACGGGUCUCUGGGCUGACAAUAGUACAUCUCCCCGUUGGACCGACAUUCCACUUCUCUAUCAGCAACUGGAUAGAAGGCAAGAAGCUCCCCGGACACGGAAAUCCAACCAGCCACUGGCCCGAACUCAUACUUAACAACUUCCGCACCCCUCUUGGUUUAUUAACAGCCCAUCUCUUCCGCACUCUAUUCCCGCCUCAGCCAGAGUUCCAGGGAAGACAAGUGGUUACACUACAUAACCAGCGUGAUUAUAUAUUUGUCAGACGCCAUCGAUAUGUAUUCCGUGACAAACGAGAGACGGAGAAAUGCGUUGUUGAUGCAAAUGGAGUAGAGAUGAAAGGCGUGGAAGGAAUUCGUGCUGGUCUACAAGAGCUUGGUCCCCGGUUUACAUUAAAACUACGAAGAAUAGAUAAAGGUAUCCAGCGGAAGAGUGGCCAGGAUUGGGAGUGGAAGGGCCGCAUGGAAAAGGUCCGGACGAAGUUCCAGCUCUAG